UGGAACUGCACUGUUCUCUACAAACCGGACCUCAUUCUUCACCCUGAUUUUGAGCAAUAUUCUUGCGAGAUUGAUCCUCAUUCUUUCCUAUCAAUUCGAAUAUUUCCCAUAAUAGCACUCUCAUUUAUGAACAAUAAUAACUGAAUUAUAUAACCCUGUCAAUAUUUUCCAAUAUUUCAUGUUGACCAAACUAAAGCAUCAAAUUUGUUACCCUAGGCAAUUCCUGACUUCAAAAAAAACCUAGACAAUUUCUUAACAGGAGGCGUCACCAUAGCUGCCCAAUGCUGCCGAAUGUCUAAUUCAACCGAUGAGAUGCUGAUUUCGCCGAAGGCGAAGAGAGGAAGACACAACAAGAGUGAAAAUGAAGAUAGACUCAGCAAUUUACCUGAUUGCAUUCUCCUUCACCUUUUAUCAUUUCUUAAAGUCAAAUACGCAGUUCAAACAUGCGUGUUAUCCACAAGAUGGAAGGAUCUCUGGAAACGUCUUCAUAACCUUAUCUUACUCUCCUCAGACUUUUCCAGUUUGCGGAGUUUCACCAAAUUUAUGUCUAGGCUUUUGACUCUUCGCGACGGCUCGAUCGCGCUGCAGAACCUAGAUUUCGAGCGUGAGGGUUUCGUGGAGCCUCAUCUUCUCAAAAGGAUCAUGAAAUACGCUGUUUCACACAAUAUCCAGCAAUUAAGAUUGUCUGUCAGGUGUGAUAUUAAACACUUUCCGCACUGCAUCAUUUCAUCUAAGACCUUGACAUCUCUUAAGCUCGCAAUUCAUCCUAAAGUUAAAAGCCCUUGUUAUAAGAAACAAACCUUAUUUCCAAAAUCUCUUUAUAAUUUGCCAGCAUUAACGAGCUUGCAUCUAGUGAAUUUUGCCUUUUGGGAAAAUCACCAUGGCAUUGCCGAGCCUUUUUCGGCCUUUAUCAAGUUGAAUAGUUUGAUCAUUGAGAAUUGUAGCCUCAGUGAGGCACAUUGUACACUCUCCAUAUCAAGUAGGACUCUAUGCCAUUUAACUGUGUUUAACCAAUAUCGGCUCUUGCACAAAACUGAGCUAUCUUCUCCAAGCCUUCGUACAUUUGCCUUUGAAGGUACUCCUUAUCAGAAACUCACGGGAAGCAAUCUUUCAUCCCUUGAACAAGUGCAUAUUAAUGUAGCAAAUUGGUCUCUUGAACAAGAAGAUAGAGAGAUGUUAAUGUGGGCAAAUUACCCGCAACCUCCUUUCAUUCUACUCAGCUGGCUGCUAAAACUUCCCAAUAUAAAAUUAUUGACAUUCUCGGCAUGUACUCUUCAGGCUCUCUUCUUAUUUCGUUAUACAUUGAAGCUUAAGGCUGCUAUCUUGAGUGACAUGAGCCUUGAACUCAUUGAAAAUAAAACAGGAACAGAUUUCAUUUGGAUUUCAAAGAGCAGAAUCGGUACCAGGUCCAGAUGGAAUAGUAAACUUUCUGCUUCAAAACUCUACAAAGGUUGACAUCAUAAGGUGCCCAGGAUGAUAAUAAAUGCAUUAAACUUUUAUGGAGAGAUGGAUAGUUACUGGGAAUGAAACGAAGUUAUUGGUGGUUAGUGGAAAUAUCUUUAUUUUGUGGCCUAUAUGGUUGAUGAGAAGAAAGGAAGAAGUAAUUCUUAGGCACUUAUGUUCUGUCAUGAUAUUUGUGAAUUUUGGAUCUCAUAUUUAUAUAUUCAAGUUUAUAUUAGCAUUUGUUUUGCUAUUGAACAAAUCAUGUUCAGUUGGGAUGAUAUACUAAUAAAGUUUUGCUUCAAUCA